CAGGACUGUUACAUGCGUAUUGUUUUAGUGAAUUGUUGUUCUACUAACCAUAUAGCAUUCAGCGAAAUGUCAGCUAAAAAGAGACGGCCUCGUAAAACGUCACCUUUGUCCAGAUACGUCAUUCACCAUCCUGGAAAUGUUUCUAGAAUUAAAAGUUACGUCACUGACAGCAACACUCGGCUUUUUCAUGUGCAUGAUGACGUCACGAGGUCCAAUCAAACUCGUACACCGCCGACCACCAUAUCCAAGAGUGAAUCGAUAGCAAUGCCACAAAACCAAAAGCGAGAAGCUUUCUCUGCACCACCCGGUUAUGAUGAGUUGUUCGGGCUUGACCUCAGCCAUCUAAACCCAGAGGAAAGGGCGGCGAUUCUGCAAGUGGCCGCUCGAGCAAAGCAAAUAGAACAACUAGAAACAAGGAAAGUAAAGAAUAUUAGGAAUCAAGUGGACGCUUUCGUGCAUAGCGAGCAAACAACCAAACCUGAAAAACCAUUGACAACAAAACCAACUGCAAGUACAAACGUGAAGAAAGAAGAACGAAGCAAACAAAAUCGACCUGUUCCCGUUGAACGAAAACGGGUUGCAUCAGUUGCGAAAGCCAAUACGGAUGGUAAUAGCAAUGUUUGUUUAAAAUGUUUAGCCGCAUACAAAGAACAGAACGGUCAAAAAUCGGUUACAAUCCUGCCCAGUGGAACAGUUGACAAACCCACCCCCUCUACACAAGUUAAAGUUCUACCUUUCCCUGAAGAUGUUUCCCUGGAAAAAUGCUGCGAACUUUGUCUUGUCUCUGAUAAAAGCAAAAAGCAAAAGUCAAAUACAAAUUGCACAUCAUGUAAUAGAAAGAUAUGUAACAAAUGUCAUGUUUCGUCAUCUAUUCUUGCAAAGAAGGGUGAAAUAUUGUGUAAAUUCUGCGACAAACAACGUGAACUUGCAGCUCGUUCAAAUGUUUGGAUGAAAAACCAUCCAGCAAGAAGAAACAUUAAUCGAAGUGUCAGUGUCGAUAUACCAAUUCAG